UCGCAGGCUGUGGUGGAGACUCGAGUGGUCCGCUGAAAGCUGUUUCGGCCGCCGUGCCGGUGUGUCUGCGGUGUUGUCCGCCAGUUUGUGCGUGCGCUGGUUCGUGUUGGAGAGCAGUGACCGAAGAAAUGAAGCUGGUUAUUGGCUGAAUUUCUCAACGGGAAGUGCGGCGAUUUCUUCGCCUGUCAACGUUAAACCUGGUCAAUGAAUCAAUAAUGAAAAUGUUGCUAUUGAUAACGGCCUCAGCACUGUUGUGCUGGUCAUCAAGUUUGGCCGGGGAUCGGCCCAACAUUGUAGUGCUGCUGGCCGACGAUCUGGGGUACGGCGACCUCAGCUGUUUCGGUAACCGGUCGUUCAGCACGUCUCACCUGGACCGUCUGGCGGCGUCUGGCGCGCGGCUGACCCACCACGUGGCGGCGGCGGCCGUGUGCGCGCCCAGCCGGACGGCGCUGCUCACCGGCCGCUACCCGGUCCGCACCGGCAUGCAGGAGUCCCGCGGAGGCCCGCCGGUCGUGCGCAACGUGUUCGGCGCCGGCGGCCUGCCGCAGACGGAGCGGACCUUCGGCCGACGGCUGCAGGACGCCGGCUAUCGCACACAGUUCGUCGGCAAGUGGCACCAGGGCUGGUCGUGCCGCGUCUGGGACGACCAGUGCCACGGGCCGCGCGAGCACGGCUUCCAGACGUUCUUCGGGCUGCCGCUGACGCUGCAAGAGGAAGAGGACGUCGACCCGCCGUCGCGCCGAGAGAGGGAUGGUCCGUUUGUGAAGCACGUGCUGUCUGAGGUGCUGAGGGCCGGAGCAGAGGCCGGUGACGGCUCUAAGGGCAGCUGCGAACGGCCUUCAGCCACCAAGCUGUGGCACCUCUGGUUGGACAUGACUCGUGCGACGUACUAUGACGCAACACCACGCCGCGAGUGGUGGGGCCACACACUUGUCAUGGACAAGUUUCUCAAUCACAUGCUGGUGCGGAACGGUGAGAUCAAGUCGUGGCCGUACCAGCUGGUCGGCCUGACCCAGCGUCUGCUGGACGAGUCGCAGCGCUUCAUCCGCGGCCAGGCGGCGCGCGGGGACGCCCCGUUCCUGCUGGUGCACUCGUUCCUGCACCCGCACACGCCGCUGUUCACGGCGCCAGUGUUUGCGAACGCGUCCGGCCACUCUCGUUACGCGGACAACGUGCUAGAAAUGGACUGGGCGGUCGGCCAGCUGCUGGACACGCUCCAGGAGGCGGGCGUGGCCGACAACACGCUGGUCUACUUCGCCUCGGACCAUGGCGCGCACCUGGAGCUGGUUGGCCGGGACGGACAGCGCGAGGGCGGCACCAACGCGCCCUUCGCCGGCGGGAAGGGCCAGGGUGGCGCCGAGGGCGGCAUCCGGGUGCCGGCGAUGGUACGUUGGCCAGGCAGGAUCCCGGCCGGCAGGGCGGUGGACGUGCCGACCAGCGCCAUGGACCUGCUGCCCACGCUGCUGGACGCCGCCGGCGUCGACGACGGAGACGAGGACACCGUCCUGGACGGGGUCAGCAUGCUGCCUCUGCUCGAGGGGCGCAGCGACGCCCCCACGCACCGGUUCCUAGCGCACUACUGCGGCGACGACAUCCACGCCGUGCGGUACGCGCCCGAGACGGAGCUGGGAGCCGUCUACAAGCUGCGGCUGGCGGUGCCGCGGUACCCCGACCCGGAGGUCGAGCACUGCGGCGUGCAAGAUGGCCUCUGCUCCUGCUACGGCGAGGACGUGCUCUGGUUGCCAACGCCGCGCUUAUACGAGCUGACCACCGACCCUGCAGAGCGUGACCCCAUACCCGAGUCGGACCCGCGCUACGGCCGAAUCGUGCCCAAAAUGCUGGAGCUUCUGAAGCAGCAUCGACAAAACGUCACGGUGGCACCGGCUCAGGUGGCCCGCUUCGAGCUGGCGGCCGUGCGCCCGGAGCUGGUACCCUGGGACCAGCUGGGGAAGUUCAGGGGCCUGGAAUGGGACAUGCACGGUCUAGAUGACUGGAACGAGUUUAUAGCUGGCCAAACGUGUCCAGCCAGCGGCCAAGGCGUGUCAGAACAUUGUGUCAGACACUAGUGUUGCAUUGUGGAGCCAGGCACGGGAAAUGAGCGGCAUGAGCGUUGUCAAAUGUCAUGUGACGUGCACUACACUGUAAAAAAAAAUCUUACAAGCCCCU